UCCUGUACGUGUCUACUGAGCGGAUGUUUCGAACACAACAUGGCGACUUCAGAUGAGGAGUCUCUUUGCAAACUCCCACUCGGAUUCGCUGGUGAAAUCGUGACAACGGUUUUGUACACCUCGCUUACCAUCGUCGGAUCGUUGGGAAACAUAUUCGUGAUCCUUACUAUCCACCGGACACCAACUUUGAGGAACGUGUGCGGAAUUUUAAUAGCAAAUGUCGCUGUGUCUGAUUUGAUGGUGACAGCAGUAGUAAUGCCUCUUGUAGUGUAUGUCCUAAUUCAGGGGUUUUUUGAUAAAUGCAUAAUCCAUGCUCCGAUUUUCGCUGCCUGGGUAAUAGCACUUUUCUCUGCCAGUUCCUCGCUACUGACGCUAACUACCCUCAGUGUGGAUCGCUGCUUUGCCAUCUGCCAUCCGAUGAAACACAAAACGAUUGUAACUGUAUCAAAAGCAAAGAUAGCCAUCGCAAUGACAUGGAUAGCAUCUUUGACCCUCCCUCUUUUAGAGACAUUCUAUACCGGAUCAGCCCUCGCCAAAUUUCUUCAGGUCAUUGGUUUGGCUUGCUCGUAUUCGGUCAUAAUCGUCAGCGGUAUUUUUACAAUCAAGAAUGUUCGCGCCAAUUCAAGACAAAUAGGAUCACUUCACCAGGAUCAAGGAACAUCUCGCCUCGCCGCAGAUUUGAGCCAGAGGAACAAACAAGUCGCCAAGACGAUUGCACUCGUUGUAGUCGUCUUCACCCUGUGUUGGAUCCCGAUCGCGUAUCUUACAGGUAUUGAGAUCGGUGAGGACAGGAAUAAUAGAAUCUAUUUCUGGUUUGCUACAGUGGGACUCGCUAACUCAACAGUAAACCCGUGGAUUUAUUUCUGUCGGCAGCCAAACUACCGCAAAGCGCUAAAAUCUUUGCUCAGAUGUAAACGAGGUGCAUCUAACUAG